AUGACAAGCAUAAAUAAUUGCAACCACACUAGAUGGCUAAGAUUGUGGAGGAAAGGGAAGCAUAUUAUGCUUGAAGCUUCGGAUAGACCUCGGCGGCUCCUUAAGGAUUUUCGAAAUGUGGACGAGCCAGCUGGCGUUGUUGUUUUACUCGGCAACCAGACCAAAUCUAUCGCCAACUUCAAGCCAGGAAACAGUCAAUUGGAUCGAAAAAAGUCUAAUGGUGAAUAUCAUUUAUAUGCGUCAUAUCUCCAUGAUGCAAGGCCUAUGAUAAUUUGCGAUGGCGAUAUGCCAGGUCAUAAUAGGCUCCCCAGGUCGUGCAAACUUCAAUCUUGCCAUCAGGUGGAAGAUAGAAUAUUUAUGGAAGAAACAGACUCUGCGAAAACAGUCGAAGCAUCCGAUAAUAUAUACCAUAGACUGAUAUCACCAUUUUCUGAUGUAAUUUGUAUCUUCGUGGAAGACGUUGGAGGUAUCGACAGCACCCUCCGACGUCUAAAUGCGUGGUCUCGCUGCAGCCAGCUGUCUUCAACGCUUUUUGUUAGACCUGCAUUGAUCCUUGUUACGUCAAGGGGCCAAAAGACGCAGAUUGAAAAUGCAGUCAAUGCCGCUUCACUAAAUGACUACUUCCAACGGAUCCGUAUCGUGACCGUUUGCCGUCGCACCCGUAAGCUGAGAUCCAGGAAUGUGAAAAUGAAGCCAAAACAGUGCCUAGCUCUUCGCAGGGAGAUACUUCGAUCAUUAGAUAUCAUCCAGCAAAGCCGCCUUAUGGCAGGUAUGCUCUUUUGUGUUCGACACACUGUGGAAUUUCUCUAUACCGCGUCAGAAAUUGUUACCAGGUCUUCCUGCGAGCCAUUUGACUACAUCAAUAGAUCAAGGGAUAAUAACCCCAUUGCUACAGACUUUGUAAAACACUUGACGACCUUUCUCUGUUAUUUUGAUGAUGAGAAUAUGAAACAGCUCGCACUUCCUCAUAUCGCCUCAAGCAUUAUACUGGAUCAAUAUCCCCCAGGGAUGCAUCACUUUAAACCCUUGGAUGUUUUUAACACCCUAUAUCGCGAAGGUUGUGCACAAGCAAGCGAAAAUCUGAAAAUAUACCGGCAGGAGUCGGGUCGCCCAGUGCCAAAUUUAGAUAUUUCGUCACUAAUCAAGGCAGAAAUGCAUAGCAAGUUUUCUAAAUUUGAAGAACUUGGAUCUUCAAAAGAGCUACAUCUGUAUAACCUAGCUCAAUUCUAUGAAAAUGGUAUAUUUCCUUCUUGUGGAGAGUCUUGCUUUAGCUGCCUACAGCGCAAACCUAUGUAUAGCCUCCCAUGUGGGCAUUGGGUAUGCCAGAUAUGCGUCAAGAUCUUUUACUCUCCAAAUACAGGAGAUCCUUGGCUAUUCUACGUUAACAAGUGUAUACUCUGUGGAGUAGACACUGCAGGACUGCGUAUCCGAGUUAAGCCAGACACAGCGACAACCCGCGUUCUUAGCAUAGAUGGCGGGGGGGCUAGAGGUUGUAUUCCUUUGGAAUUUCUCCAAGCUUUGCAGACUUCCAUUGGGUUACCAUACCCCGUGCAGAGAAAUUUUGAUGUUGUAUACGGCACGAGUUCUGGUGCAAUGUCUACUUGCGCACUCUAUUUUAAUGGAUGGCCCAUUGAGAAAUGCAUUAAGUAUUUCGAGCAAUCUUCAAGGGAGGCAUUUAAGAAGCGUCGAUUGUCCCAAGUUUUAAUCCAUCUAUUUGGUUACAUCCCCAUUUUAUCUCCAACCUUUCGGUUUAUAGUCUCGCUGUUGGUCGAUAGUAAAUACUCCGCUCAAAAUCUCGAAAUAAUCCAACAAGAGGUGUAUGGCACAAAUUGUAGCAUUGUAAAUUCCAGGGAAGCUAGUGAAAUGGGCAUAAGUAUGGGCGUAACGCUCACAAGCACAGACGAUACGAGUACAUUUAUUGUUACAAAUUAUGGUGUAGCUGGUGAAAACCGCGAAAAAAGUGGUUAUUAUUUCACGCCGCAUCAUUUAGACGGCAUAGGAACAUUCCAAGACGGCGGCCUUACUUUCAACAACCCUGUGUCUAUCGCCCUCAAAGAAGCAGCGGCUCUAUUUCCAGCUACCCCUGAGCCGAGCAUAGUAGCAUCGUUUGGAACAGGCUCAAAUCGGACCAGCUAUCGCGGUCCAUUGACGUGGUGUAAAGGGUUAUACCUAGCUCGACUUGCUCGUGCUGUUCGGAAGCAUUUAGACUCUGACAACGCCUGGGCACAGCUUAUGAGUAAUCGAAAACCGGGUGAUCGCGGCGAGUUCUUCCGUUUUGAUGUUGAGUUUCAGUCUCAACUACCCGCCCUGGACGAUGUCAACAGUAUGGUUAAGGCCGCAAGAAUUGCGCGCAAAGUCGCGCGUAGCUCAGCUGCUAUGAAACAACUUGGGAAAUGUCACCGAGCAGAGCUAUUCUUUUUCGAGCUAGAUUCAUCUCGCCCACCCCAUUUUGUAAGUGGUGUUUACGAGUGCGUAGGCUAUAUACUUUGUCGGCUGCGAGCCGGAACUGCAGAGUUUGAAACUUUUAUGCGUCAAUUGCAUGAUCAUUCUGCUUCAUUUCGAUUUCGAUUUCAAGAGGGAAUGCUGCCUAGGGCCAUCCAAGGUUUAAGUGAAACAGACCCUACUGGUAAUUUUCGUCAAGAGAUAGUAUUUUCUUUGCCGACCAAACAGCAUCAUUUUGAAAUAUCCCUGGAAGAAGGGAGCCCGGCCUCUAUCUGCCACAUCAGUGGCUCUCCUUUCUCUUUAGAUUCAUUAAUCAAACAACAAAAUAUGGACGCUAAGUUUGGCACCAAAGACCAUCAGCAACCAGUGACCAUCAAAAAUUAG